AGAAAAACGUACACGAACCAACGGCAUUCCGGUGGGGAAGACAACAUACACAAGCUAUUACGUAUCCCACAAAUGUAUUGCGUAACUCCCUAGGUUAAAGGUUGUGUUAGAUGUUCUUGUCAUAGAGACUACUGCGGAAUGUCUACAAAUUAUUGGCUGUAGACUCGCUAGAAUGUGUCAAUAUAUGCCAACAUCGUAUAAAUAAUAUCGUUCUGUUAUACUACCCCAGAUACCACCUUGCCUACAAGGUACCUAUCUAGGUGAGCAAUCGAAAUAACUUUAUAAAUACGCUCCUAGUUACCCAGUCUAUAUGAACUCUCCCAUUGCUUUAGGAUGUUUUAUCCAUCAAGCCUAUUUACCGAACUCUUCCUGAAUUAGUUACAAUGCCCGACUACUUCGUUUCCUCGACAGAGGCAGAGAAUAAGCGUUUAGAGCAGGCGUCUGCUGUGGUAAGAGCGUAUAUGGAUGGAAAUGUCUUCCUUGCCCCUAUCGACACGGCGCGCAAAAACAUUAAAGUGCUCGAUAGUGCUACAAAUAACGGGUUCUGGUUAUUGCAGUUCCAAGCUUCUCUCAAAGAUCCAAGCUCAGCUACACUAAUUGGGACUGACCUUCAGGAUCGUUUCCCGAAUCCACCACAGCCAGGAAUCAGCUUGCAGAUUCAAGACAUUAAUAAGCCAUGGCCAAAGUCGUGGAAGUCAACAUUUGACUACGUACAUCAAACUCUAGUGCUAUUCCAGGCGGGUCCGAAGCAGCGCGAGGCCAUUAACUCUCUCGGAGAGCUGGUGAAGCCCGGUGGUUGGAUUGAGCUUAUGGAACCUCAGUAUGAAGCAACUAAUGAUAAUGGGCCGGCCUAUAAACAAUUCCUUGAUAUGCUGGGCGAGCUGUGGGCUAUGAGAGGCACGAAGAGCGGGUUUGCCGCUGACUUAGAGGGUAUAGUCGAAGACGCUGGCUUUGUGGACGUCAAAAGUGUGCUGCUGCCUAUUGGCAUAGGUCCUAAGCAUAAAGACCCGGGAUUAGCCAGUGUCAGCGUCGAGAGUACCGUGGGUGGUGGCAAGAAUAUUACGAUAGCUGGAAAAUCCAUCCCAGGAGGACUAAAGUCUAUUUCUGCGGAGGAUUUUGAGACCUGGCCAGCGCGCUUUGAAGAGGAGUUGAAGACGAAAGGAGCCUAUAUGCCCCUAAGGGUGGUGUACGGCAGAAAGCCUGAAGCCUAACUGGAUUUAGAAAUGUAAGGGGUCCAAUGGAGGUAUUGGCGAGCCAUUGGAUAUGCUUCCCUGGACUUUGAUUACUUCAUUCGCUAGAUAAUAAAGGAUUCUAUCAA